UCGGAUGAGUCGCGCAGAACCCUGAGCGCCCCGCGCCGAAACUGCUCGGGCGAGUCCGGCAGGGCCCGUGCGGCGCGGCGGCCCGGUCCUUGCGCUUGGAGUACGGAUGUGCCCAGGCGUCGCGGCGCGAGGACCUCAGCUCAGGUGAAGCUCUCGCGGCGCGCGGACCUCAGCUCAGGUGAAGUAGACAGAGACGACGAGAUGCCAGCGCCGGAGCCCUGCGCCCCCGGUGUCCCCGGCGCCCGGGGAACCCAGGGCCCGCCGGGCAGGGAGCCGAGGCUGCCCAGCCAGCUGCUGCCUGAGCUCUACACCUUCGUGGCGCGCGUCCUGUUCUACCUGGCGCCGGUCUACCUAGCCGGCUACCUCGGGCUCAGCGUCACCUGGCUGCUGCUUGGCGCCCUUCUGUGGAUGUGGUGGCGCAGGAACCGCCGCGGGAAGCUUGGGCGCCUGGCGGCCGCCUUUGAAUUCCUAGACAACGAACGCCAGUUCAUCAGCCGCGAGCUGCGGGGCCAGCACCUGCCCGCCUGGAUACACUUCCCAGAUGUGGAGCGGGUCGAGUGGGCCAACAAGAUCAUCUCCCAGACCUGGCCCUACCUAAGCAUGAUCAUGGAAAACAAGUUCCGGGAGAAACUCGAGCCCAAGAUCCGGGAGAAGAGCGUGCACCUGCGGACCUUCACCUUUACCAAGCUCUACUUUGGACAGAAGUGCCCCAGGGUCAACGGAGUCAAGGCGCACACUAACCAGCGCAACCGGAGACAGGUGGUCCUGGACCUGCAGAUCUGCUACAUUGGGGACUGUGAGAUCAGCGUGGAGCUGCAGAAGAUACAGGCUGGUGUGAACGGGAUCCAGCUGCAGGGCACACUGCGGGUCAUCCUGGAGCCCCUCCUGGUGGACAAGCCCUUCGUGGGAGCUGUGACCAUGUUCUUCCUGCAAAAGCCGCACCUGCAGAUCAACUGGACCGGCUUGACCAACCUGCUGGAUGCGCCAGUAAUUAACGAGGUGACAGACAGCUUGCUGGAGGACCUCAUCGCCGCCCACCUGGUGCUGCCCAACCGCGUGACUGUGCCUGUGAAGAAGGGGCUGGACGUGGCCAACCUGCGCUUCCCUCUGCCUUGCGGGGUUAUCAGAGUCCACUUGCUGGAGGCGGAGAAGCUGGCCCAGAAGGACAGCUUCCUAGGGAUCCGGGGCAAGUCAGACCCCUACGCCAAGGUGAGCAUCGGCCUGCAGCAUUUCCGGAGCAGGACCAUCUACAAGAACCUGAACCCCACCUGGAAUGAGGUGUUUGAGUUCAUAGUGUAUGAGGUCCCUGGGCAGGACCUGGAGGUGGACCUAUACGACGAGGAUCCUGACAGGGAUGACUUCUUGGGCAGCCUGCAGAUCUGCCUUGGGGACGUCAUGACCAACAGAGUGGUGGAUGAGUGGUUUCCCCUGAACGACACAACCAGCGGGCGGCUGCACCUGCAGCUCGAGUGGCUCUCCCUGAUCGCAGACCCGGAUGCUCUGACUGAGGGCCACGGGAGCCUUUCCACUGCCAUCCUCGUGGUCUUCUUGGAGAGUGCCUGCAACCUGCCGAGAAACCCUUUCGACUACCUGAAUGGCGAGUAUCAAGCCAAAAAGCUCUCCAGAUUUGCCAGGAAUAGAGUCAGCAGAGACCCGUCUUCCUAUGUGAAGCUGUCUGUAGGCAAGAAGACACACCUGAGCAAGACUUGUCCCCACAGCAAGGACCCUGUGUGGAGCCAGGUGUUCUCCUUCUUCGUGCACAACGUGGAGACUGAACAGCUGCAUCUGAAGGUGCUUGAUGAUGACCAAGAAUGUGCUCUCGGAGUGCUGGAGUUCCCACUGUGCCAGGUUCUUCACUGUGCAGACCUCACCCUCGAGCAGCGCUUUCAGCUGGACCACUCAGGCCUGGACAGCCUCAUCUCCAUGCGGCUGGUGCUUCGGUUCCUGCACGUGGAAGAACGAGAGAGGGGAAGCCCAUACACUGGACCUGAAGCCCUCAAGAAAGGCCCUCUGUUCAUUAAGAAGGUGGCCGCCAACCAGGGCCCCAGAGCCCCACCUCAGGGAGAGAGCCCUGCAGAUUUGCCACGUCCCCCAGACCCUGUUUCUGAUACCAAGGAAGCCUCCAAGAGCACCACAACCACCCCCAGUGCCACCACUGCUGCCACGAAGCCCACGCCUCAAGAGAUGGGCCCAGAGCCCAAAGGCAAGGACAGUGCCAGAGGGGUCUGUGCGCCCGUGGGGGAGAAGAAGAGUAUGGCCACCAUCUUCCUGACUGUCCCAGGCCCCCACUCUCCAGGGCCCAUCAAGUCACCCAGACCCAUGAAAUGCCCUGCCUCCCCAUUCGCAUGGCCGCCCAAGAGGCUGGCUCCCAGCAUGUCCUCGCUCAACUCCCUGGCCUCUUCCUGCUUUGACCUGACAGAUAUCAGCCUCAACAUUGAAGGCGGGGAUCUCAGGCAGCGAAGGCUGGGUGAGAUUCAGCUCACGGUGCGCUACGUGUGUCUGCGGCGCUGUCUCAGCGUGCUCAUCAACGGCUGCAGAAACCUGACACCCUGUACCAGCAGUGGAGCUGAUCCCUACGUCCGUGUCUACUUGUUGCCAGAAAGGAGAUGGGCAAGUCGUAAGAAGACCUCAGUGAAGCGGAAGACCCUGGAGCCCCUGUUUGAUGAGACAUUUGAAUUUUUUGUUCCCAUGGAGGAAGUAAAGAAGAGGUCACUAGAUGUCGCAGUGAAAAACAGCAGGCCUCUGGGCUCCCACAGAAGGAAAGAGCUAGGAAAAGUACUGAUUGACUUAUCAAAAGAAGAUCUGAUUAGGGGCUUCUCACAAUGGUAUGAGCUGACACCAGAUGGACAGCCCAGAAGUUGAUGAUGAGCAACAUUUAUUACCUUUAUAUUAAAAUGUGUACAUAUGUGUAUUUUGUAAUUUAAAUCAGGACAGCCAUUUGAAAAUACAUUUAUAUAUAUACAUUCUUGUAUGCAGUUUAACUGCAUGACAAGAUAGUAUUAGGAAGAGAUAAACACAUGAAAGGCAUCUCUUGGUUGGAUUUAAUUGUUUAAAUCCAGAAAGAAAUGGGGUAUUAGUGCCUAAUAAACUACCAGCACCUCAGUGGUGAAUUUUCGCUUUUGGUAAUUACAGUCAGUCUGACUUAGGACUUGCCUGAAUGUAUGCACCAAAAGGGUUCCUGUCUCCAGACACAGGGGGAGGGAGGUCUGUUCCUGGAGCAGCUACCAUUAUUCCCGAGUAGUGACUGACCAAGGGAGGAGGCUUCUUUUAUGAGACUAAAUGGGGACUCACCCCAAAGUGCCAAGAGCUAAUGAUACCUAAGCCCUUCUGGUACAUCUCUGCCUGGAGAUUUAUUCCUGUAUCUGAUUUGGAACUAAAAUGUACUUUCCUGAUGGCAACAAUGUUGUAGUGAUAUACCUAAAUACCUUAAACUAAGCAUUCCAGGAUGGGAUGGCCUGGGACCCAGCAGGUGGCAUUAUUUCCAUAGGAAAAUAUAAGCUGAAUUCCAAAACCAGGUCUCCUGUCUGCACUCCCAGGGCAGAGCACUGGAGACUGCUGCCCAGUGUCGGUGCCAAAGAGAAAAGGGCUUUCUCUCUCUCUCCCAGACGGGUUUGGGGAUUCUUUGCCACUUUUCCAAGAGACAGCUGGUUUUCCUAAAUAACACUUUAACAACAACAAAAUAUGUAAAUUGUAUAUUUAAACAAGUGCCUCUCUUGCAUUUCAGACUUUAUAAAACCAAAUAUUCUGGUUUUCUCUGACGUUCCUAGAGGUGUUGUCAAGGUCACAUCCUCUUUUCUCUUACCCACUCAGGCAACAUCCCUACCAUCAGUUUCCUCUCCGUACCACAGCCUUCACUGCCGCUUUUCUGAACAAAAUUUUUGUCAUGUUACUCGCACUUACAAAUUAUCUAUUUUCUACAAAACUAAAGCCCACUCCUUAAUUUGUGUUUCAGACGUAACAUAACCAGGUCUCCAGUUUUUUGCUACUUUAUUUAUGUGUAGAUGCUCUAUUCCAGAGAAGUUCAAAUAUAUCCUGCCCCCUAAGCCUACUCACUUCUUAGAGGCCUAUCUCAAACCCACCUCCUCCUGUUCCUGGAGCAGCUGCCAGUAUUCCUGGGCAGUGACUCCAUUAAUCCAGUCCACAGUGAGAGGGCCUCUCCUACACCCUACCUAUAGCAUCUACUAUCAACAUUGUGCAUUCUUCAUUUUAACAGUUCCCUGCAUUAUAGUAUUAAUUUUUGAAAAUGUUUAUUAGGUAUGUAUUAAGGUCACAUGCUUAAGAAACGACUUAUUGUGUUUGGUAUUUAAUGUUUGUUUACUCUACAACUGAACAUAAGCUACUUGAACUGAUUUUCACCCCCAUCAUCCAAGACUAUGCUAAGUACGUGACAGAUGUGUAAUAAAAUUUGUUUCUGCUGAGAUUUAUAUUUUGAGUGACAAAUUCUCAUAAUAAAAUGGGGCAACUAAUGCCUGUCCUG